AUGAGAAACCUGUCAGAGGCGGUCAAAGUAACUGAGGCCUGGGAGACGUUCAUCAAACAAAAGUAUGGACACAACCAUUCAAGUAAAGAGACAAGUGACUUCCGUGAUUAUCAACUUGCAAGUAAGGUACAGCCCACUGUAGAAAAUUUCUACAAGGAAAAUCAUGAAAGGCAAACCUUGGAGCAUGUAUUGGACAAGAAGAAAAUGUAUGAAAGCUUAACACAUGGUGAAAUGAGUAUCUGGGAGGCCCUUGAACUAAUGAACACAUUGGUGGAUGAGUCUGAUCCUGAUACCCAAAUGCCACAAAUCAUGCAUGCUCUUCAAUCGGCCGAAGCCGCAAGAAAAGAUAACCAGCCGAGAUGGAUGAUAUUGACUUGCUUGAUUCAUGAUCUUGGCAAAUACUUAUUCUUCCUUGGCGAACCACAGUGGACAGUUGUGGGGGACACCUUUCCCGUUGGCUGUAAAUUCUCGGAGAAAAUUGUUUAUUCCAAAUACUUUGAGAAGAACCCUGACUAUUUCCGUCAAGAGUAUUCCACUCUGCAUGGUAUCUACUCUCCUCACUGUGGCUUGGAUCAAGUGCAUAUGAGUUACGGUCAUGAUGAAUACCUCUAUCACGUUACCAAGGACUAUUUACCCCCUGAAGCCUCUUAUGUUAUUCGUUAUCAUUCAUUCUACCCUUGUCACACAGAGGGACAGUAUUCAUGGUUACUGAAUCAGUACGACGUGGAGAUGAUGAAGUGGGUCAAAGUAUUUAAUCAAUAUGACCUUUAUUCUAAGGCAGAGGAUGAACCGGAUGUUGAAGCCUUGAAACCAUUUUACCAAGAGUUGAUUCGUGAGUUCUUUCCUGAAAAGAUCAAGUGGUAA